CCGCCCCCGGGGCUCCCGAGACGCUUUGCGCGCGCCCUUUGGGAGGCGGGGCUGUUUGAGCUCGAAGUGUUGCAGCCGUGGGCGCACUCUCCUCACGGCGUCAACAUCUCCGGCGGCCGAGUCUGUGCUGUUGGUGGCCGGAUUCCCAGACUCUGCUAAACAUUUACCAUUUUGGAGUUUAAAGUAUGACAUCAUGGCAAAGUUUCGAAGAAGGACUUGCAUCAUUUUGUCACUUUUUAUUCUAUUUAUUUUCUCUCUGAUGAUGGGUUUAAAAAUGCUGAGACCAAAUAAAGCUACUUUUAGAGUUCCUUUUGGACUUGACCUUCUCCCAGAAAUUCGUCAAGAAACUCCUCAUUUGGUGAAAACUUUUGAUUCCCAAAAGAGUGACACAAUCAACAGUGAAACAAACUUCAAGAAUUUAAAAAGUGAUGAAAUCACUGUGAAACCUUCCAAAGCCUCUGAACCUAACACGGAAGAAAAGCCACCUCUGAAUUAUUUUUUACAUGUAUUUUAUUAUAGUUGGUAUGGAAAUCCACAAUUUGAUGGUAAAUACAUACAUUGGAACCAUCCAAUCCUGAAGCACUGGGACCUUAGAUUAACCAAGAAUUACUCCCAAGGGAAACACAACCCCCCAGAUGACAUUGGCUCUAGCUUUUACCCUGAAUUGGGAAGUUACAGCUCUCGGGAUCCUUCUGUCAUUGAAACUCACAUGAAACAAAUGUACUCAGCUUCAAUUGGUAACUAUUUUAUAUGUGUACUAGCCCUAUCUUGGUACCCACCCAAUUCAAAUGAUGAGAAUGGACAACCUACUGAUGACUUAGUACCAACUAUUUUGGAUAAAGCUCAUAAAUAUAAUCUAAAGGUCACUUUUCACAUUGAACCAUAUAAGAAUCGAGAUGAGCAAAACAUGUACACAAAUGUCAAAUACAUUAUAGAUAAAUAUGGAAAUCACCCAGCCUUUUAUAGGUAUAAGACUGAGACUGGCAAAGCUCUUCCAAUGUUUUACGUCUAUGAUUCCUAUAUCACAACUCCUGAAAAAUGGGCCAAUUUGUUAACCAGCUCAGGGUCUCGGAGCAUUCGCAAUUCUCCUUAUGAUGCAUUAUUUAUUGCGCUUCUAGUGGACAGCAAACAUAGAUAUGAAAUUCUUCGAGGUGGUUUUAAUGGAAUUUACACAUAUUUUGCCACAAAUGGCUUUACUUAUGGCUCAUCAUAUGAGAACUGGGCUAAGCUAAAAUAUUUUUGUGAUCAGUACAACCUGAUAUUUAUCCCAAGUGUGGGCCCAGGAUACAUAGAUACCAGCAUCCGUCCGUGGAACACUCAGAAUACUCGCAACCGAAUCAAUGGGAAAUACUACGAGACCGCUCUGAGUGCUGCACUCCACGCCCAACCCAGUAUAAUUUCCAUCACCUCCUUUAAUGAGUGGCAUGAAGGAACUCAGAUUGAAAAGGCUGUUCCCAAAAGAACUAGUAAUACUGUAUACCUGGAUUACCGGCCUCAUAAACCAAGCCUUUAUCUAGAGCUAACUCGUAAAUGGUCUGAAAAAUACAGGAAGGAAAGAGCAGCUUAUGCAUUAGAUCCCCAGCUACCUCUUUUUUAAUGCACUGAUAAAAGUUUAAUAAGUAUAGAAAUCACCUAAUUUCAAGACAUUCCUUUUGUUUUGAGUUACAGAAAGCAAACUGUCAAUAUGCUACUAUCACCUCUAAAAAAUGUGCGGGUUAUUUUUAUUAGAGAUAGUAAUAUUAUGAUUGCCACCUUACACAGUGUUGCACUGAGAAAAUACCUGAGAGAAAAGUUGUGCAAAUAACAUUCCUUGUAGCAUAACUUGCUGAAUUUCUGACUGAAAUUGAAAUCCUGCUUUGAUAGCUCUUUUUAUUCCACAUUAGAUAAUUGCUUGUGUUCCAUAAAGUAGCACACAGUUAAAUCCUACUGUGUUCUGGGCCCAAAGAAAUAGGAUCGUGUGUAUAUUUGGUGUCUGUUGAAGAAAAAAACAAGACCUGAAAGAUAAUGUACAUGUUCUUUUUUUUUUUUUUUCCAAAUGAUCCAGUCAACUAUGUUAAAUUUGUUAGUGUUCAGACUUUGGAUAACUCUCCAAUGAUAGUUCUUAAGAAAAGUAAAAUCAUAUAUGCCUUUUGCCUUACUGUGAACCAUAUUACAUGAAGAAGACCUGCUUUCUAUACCUAAUCAUUUGCACAUUUUUGGUGAGCUAUAUAUAGCAUGCUGUUUUGCAUGUCUAAUAUUUACAGCUACUUCUCAAAUAUUAAAUAAAAAAUAGCUGUUUCACAGUUAUUAUGAAAAUAUAAUGCCCCAAAUGUUGUCUUUAAAGUCAAUCUUUAACUUGUUAUUAUGCAUGUUUUUAAAUUUAAUGUUAAUUUGAGACCAACUGUUAGAUGAGAAAAAGUUGAUACUAUCAUUAGAUUGCCUUUUAAGAUUUUAAGCUAUUUUUUACUAACAUUAAUGGAGAAAAUUUGCUAAGCAUUUUCAAUUUUAAAGACAUGGAAAUGAAAAUUCCUUUGCAUCUUAAAUUCAUUCCUGAAGUUUGACUAAGUGGGUUUAAAUACCUAAUGAUGGAAAUAAUACCUUAAUUUAAUUUAAAGUACUGUCUUUGAAAUAUAUACAAUAAUAUCCCCAUCUAAAAAUGGUCAUGUUACCUGUCAGGGUAAAGAUAUGUGAUCAGUCGUCAUAAUGUGAUGAAGUAAUCAUCUGAAUGCUAAAAUGAAUGUUUAAUUUCUAAAGAAUAAAAAACACUGUAUCAUAUAGUUAA